AUGGCAGCGCGCUGUUCAACAUUGUGCCUUCUUGGACUGGCUUCCCUGGUGGAAGGCACGCCCUCGUGGCAGGUCACUUCUGGGUCCUGCGUUGUCGAGGGCGAUUGUGUUGCCAGCAGCAACUACCCGACUACAUAUCCGGACAAUGAUCGGUGCGUGAUCGAAGUUGUGCCCAACAAUACGCGCGCCAUCGACGUUAUCAACUUCCUCACCGAAGAGAGCUUUGACUCGCUCAUCAUCAACGGCCUGGCCUACUCCGGCUCUAAUGGGCCCCAGGGCGUGGUGCCACAAGAAGCCCUUCAGUGGAUCUCCGACGCUGGGCACUUCUUGGACCUCUUGACGAAUCUGUCGGCACCCUUGGAUGGAAGCUUUGCUGGGAAGAGGUCCUGCACCGCGGAGGGCGACUGCAUCGCCAGCAGCAACUAUCCGGGCAAUUACCCGGACAAUGCUUCUCGGGACGCCUGCCAGAUAGCCGUCGACCCCAACAACACGCGGGCGAUCCGGGUUGAAAGUUUCUCCACGGAGCAAGACUUUGAUCUCCUCACGGUGAACGGAGCAGAGUUCUCUGGCAUGAACGGGCCAAGCGGCGUGACACCCCAGGGGACGAUCUUGUGGGGUGCAGACGCUCGGCUGCACCCUUUAGCCCUCUGGGUUCACAGGGCCAGACUAGUAGAGUUCGUGUCUACGUUUCACAAUCACAUCUCCAUGGCGCCCAGAAUUACACAGGAUCUUGACUUUCAGGAUUCAGGGUUCUAG